UAGGAGUGGCGGUUGAGUCGCUUCCCGGUCGCGCGCCGUGAUUGCAGCCGAACGGGGGAAACACGAGACGAGUUGGCUGCUGUCACUUUUUCUAACGUCAAAGUUACACCGUUUUCCCGUUCAUUCCGCGAGUUUGAGUCAUGUGAGCGGCCUGUAAUGUCCACUGAGCCGGAUAAAGAUUCAUUCUCUCAGAAACGACACCGAGGUGGUGAAGGUGGGCUGGGUGAUGUUUUAGGGGCUUCUGGUCUGCUAGUGGGGAGUCCUGAGAAAAGGAGACGCAAGUCUAGCACACAGGCUUUCUCCUUCUCUCCUCUGUCUGAAUAUGCCCCUCCACCAAACCCGAGCUCGGAUCCCUUAAUAGCCUCCAACCCAUUCGACGACAGCUACAGUUUACCAUCUGUAAAGUCAUUGCCGUCUGCUAACCCUUACUUUGCCCCCUCACAUCACUCUGGGUUUCGUGGCUAUAGCACACUUAGGAUGGCCGCGCACACGGGCAACAGAACACCUUAUCAUUCCCCGUAUCCAAUGGGUAACCAGCCCCAUCCCUUUUCCCAGAAUCCCAUGGGCAUGGGUUUCCACCGGGCACCGGGAUUUAACUACGGGCACAGCACGGUUCAGCCGUUCAGACCGGGUCCUGGAGAGAACGUCAACCCUCGGAACCCCCAUCAGAAUCUAAACCACGGUAACAGUCCCGACGGUGUCCCAAGGUAUAUAACCCCAGACGUGAGUCCUAAACUCUCUCAGCAACAGAAUUUCUUCAACUGGUCCGGCAUGCCCAAACAGGACCCGGGUGACACCAUCAGGAAAAAUACAACGCGGAACCCAUCGCCACGGAAACAAAGCCGGAACUGUGAAGACGCCGCACCCUACAACGGCACGGCCGAGCUCACAGCAAAGGGUCGAGGGAACACACCCGGGGUGGAAAAGCUCAACGGUGUCAUGCACUCGUAUCCUGAAGCACUGAAGUCUUCACCACGACCUGACCAAGCAGAUAAAGCUUGGCGAGGAAGCGCUAAUAAAGUUGAGAGCCGUUCUAUCAGUCGGAGCGCGUCGUCUGAGCCCGUCUACCCGUGUGGUAUAUGUCUGAGCGAGGUGAACGAUGAUCAGGAGGCCAUUCUGUGUGAGGCUUCUUGUCAGAAAUGGUUUCACAGGGUUUGCACCGGGAUGACCGAGACUGCGUACAACCUGCUGACGGCGGAGACGUCUGCGGUUUGGGGUUGUGACGCUUGCAUGGAGGACAAAGGAGCUCAGCGGCUCAAAUCUCGAACACCUUCCGUGACAAGCGACGGACAAUCAUGAAAAAAAAUCAAGGGCUGUGUGAAGUUCUCCCGUCUCUUGACUCACCUCAUCAAGAAUUCCACAUCUUUUGGUCCAUUAAGCCCUUAAAUGUGGAGAUUUUGGAGAUGGAGAGGAUAUCAGAGCACUCCCUUUAUUUAUUUCUGCCCACGUUUAACAUUGUUUUCUUUUUUUCUUUUCAUGUCAUGUGUGUAUUUUCAGAAGUGUUUUAUCUCUACAAACCUCUUGAGGAGUCUGUAUACUAAUAAUUCACAUAUUUCUUUACAUUACUUUCCCAGUUUGUUACAUAGUUCUGAACAAGCAACUUUUAUGUUUUUUGUUUUGUAGGCUCUUGCUCCGCAAUACUCUAUUUCUUCAAAACUUUUCAAAUGCUUUUGAAUUGAUGACAAUCAUUUAAUCGUUCAAGGGUUAAGUCUUUUCCAUUGAAUGUUGCUUUAGAGUCGAUUGACUAUAGAAGAUUUUUCAAAGAAAGUGUAGAGAGAUUGAAGAUUUGUGUGUUUGAGUGUUGAAGGACUCUGAAGACACAUGUAGUGUCGGUGAGAAUGUUCUGGCUUGUCCUGGACUGCACUUUGCUUUUGCUUCCUUCCCUUUGUUUCUCAUUCAGUGAUGCUCUUUGAUUGUUUCAUGAUCAAAUGAAGUGAAAAUCUUGAAUCAGAGCCAGAAAACAAGCUUGAGGUAAAACAACAAAUGCACUUGAAACUUGUAUGUGUUUUUGUGAUCGCUUCCCUGUUCCUGUUGAGUUGUUUUUUUUUGCCGAAAACUAAAGAGAUUUAUUACUUAAACGCCCUUUUUUCUAAACAUAUGGUGCAUCACGAACUUUUGAAACGUUCUCUUUAAGGUGUUCAUGGAUCAAUCUCACAGAUGUCAUUUUAACCCCAAAUCGCAAAAUAAAAUAUGCAUUUAAUUAAUCAUUAUUAAUAAGAUGAUGGAUGUAACUAGAUUUGACAUGUUUUUGUGAGAUUCAUCUUUGUCAUCUCCAAUGUUUGUUUGUUUUUAUAUUUUUAUACCAGCUUCAGUCCUGUCGGUUUGGAUUUGUUAUUGUAGCGUUACAGUAAUGUGUGAAUGUGUCAUGAGCUCAUGAAUGUGUAUUUCAUGUCAGGCAUUUAACUAUCCAGAUCAUGUUUCCAGACCUUUAUCUUGAAGAUGAUGUGCCAUUAUUUACAAGUAUUCUUGAGUUCACAUUCAGAUAUGACGAAUUCAUGAAAGAAGCAUUCUGAAUGAGCACUCUGGUGUGUUUAUGUGUCAACGGGUCAUGAUAUGUCUUCAUGAACAAUAAAUGAACAGUAAUUGUAUAAAUGGCCACAUUUGACCGUUUAUCUCUGGUGCCUUAAAUCUUUUGAGUUCUUUAAGCUGAUGGCAUCAUGCAGAUUUCCACUCAUUUUAUGACAGAACAAUGAAUGUAUGAAGCCAAUAAAUUAUAAACAAUGAACAAUAUGAAGCAUUUUACAAAAACUCUGUAGUCCGUAGGCCACAGACAGUUUUUGAAUGUAAAUUCUUUACAAAACUUUUACUUCACACUGCAAUGAUUAAUAAAAUGUGGUUUACAAGA